AUGUCUCGCGUGGGCACCUGGCUGAAGAUGCUCGUGGCCGGCACGGUGAUCUGCGUCGGCGGCCCGGCAUUCGUGCAAUCCAUCCGACCAACCGACGAGGAGCUCUUCAAGCGGUACAACCCAGAUCUCCAGAAACGGAGUCUGGAGGAAGGCGACCGCCGCGCGCGGGAGUUCGACGAAUACGUCACACGCUUAAAGCAGUGGUCUAAGUCGGACAAGUCGAUUUGGUUUGCGGCGCAGGAACAGCAGGAGCAGAAGCGCGCGGAGCUCGAUGCGCAACAGAGCCGGUCGAAGGAUGAGGCGAGGAUACAGCGCGAGGAGAUGCGGAAGGAGCUUCUGGGGGAGAAAUGA